AAAAGAAGAAGUAAAAGGUUAAGCAGGCGGAAGUCUACCUUAAUUAAUAAGGCCUAUAACCUGGUAGAGUUCUGUAAUAUUAAUAUAGCCCUUAUUAUCCGUAACCGUCGGACUAGUUAUUACUUUAUGUAUAAUUCUAUUAAUCUCAAGUCCUGGCCGCCGUCCAAAGAGCAAAUCGUAAAUUACUAG